GACGAGUCUCAUUACGAUGAUACUUUUUUCAACAGCGCCACGGUAACUUUAUUUCACCAGGAACGGAGUAUGGGGACUUCCGGAUCCGCUUAGUUUUCGAUUUCGCGGGUCAGCACAAAAAAGCUAAAGUCGUUGAUUUUAUGGGAAGAUGUCUAACAACGAGUGCGACAACCAGACACAAGCAUGUCACUGCUGUCCAUGGUUGAGCAAGCUAUCAAGUCUUGCAAAGCUGAACAAACCAAGAUUAACGAGAGUAUUCAACUUUACAGAGAACUGCUACAGACCUUAACGCCACAACCAAAGAUGGGCUCUGAUGAGUCAGAAUGUGCCGAUGAUGCAGCUCCAGUUACCUCACCAGGGGAGAAAGAAGAUAUGGAAUUGCUUGAGCGAGCACUGGAGAAAGCCCUUCGGGUCCGCACUGGCACAGCAUCUUCUAAAAAAGACUCAAACAAACAAUCUGCCUCUCAAAAGGAACCCGUCACUACAGCUGUCUCAUCCAAAGAGAAAAUGCAGGCUUCUGCAGCUUCUAAACGAAAUCCGACGACCUCCAGAUCAACCUCUAAAUGUGCCGGUCUUGACAGAAAAGAGCACAAAAAGCCUGCUGGGAUUGUACAUCACCAGGCAGUGAGGACAUCACAGCUGACUGUCUCAGCGUCUGUCUCACUUGUCCGGGGUCAGUCACACACCUCCACCCUCCACUCUAAAAACAAGACCAUUAGAAGCAACGUGCUCAGUGGAAAUGACCUGGGCAAAGCUGCAGCUUCCUCCACUCUUUCAAAUCACUCGCUGCCUGUUUCACAUACAGAGGAGACUGGAGCUCGCAGUUCACCUCAACAGUAUGGGAAAGCUUCUGAACAAACGGCAAAAUGGAAAUCUCUAAGGAGCAAGAAGAACAGGUUAUGGGACAAAGUUGUUGCCCUACAAAGGAAACCUGUGCCAGGGAGGAGUCACUUCAUGGACAGAAUGAGAGCUACGUUCCCUAAGGAUUGGCCAUGUGGUUGCCCAGAUCAGACCAGGGCUGCAGUCGACAGACUGACUCACCAAGGGCAUGACCUCACCCACUGCAGCCAGACAAAGGAGUUUCUGGCCAAACGGAUGCCAGAAGCAGCCACAGAAUUGGGCGGUAAAGCAGCCACGUAUGACUCCUGUCUGACACAUGAAAGGUUGCCGAUGACAGCAGCUCAGCUCCUUAACUUUGCACACCAAGCGAAACAAGAGUGGGAAGCAUGGGAUCGAUGGAGGCCAGAGGGAGGUUGUCUUUGCCCCACUGAAACAAAUGGUGUGUGGGGCGACGGGAUAAUUGCACCCCUGCCCCUGACUAUAACCUACACGACAGAGGCAGAGCUCAGAGAGCUGGAGAAGCUGAGGAUGAGGGUGGCAUUGCUGCAACAGGAGAUCUACAUAGAGCAGGCUCUGUUGGACGCUCUGUCCCCUCAGCUUUCCUCUAUUAUCCCUGGGCCUGGAUGUCCCAACGUCAGUGUGCUAAGAGGCCUGUACUCCCUGCUGGGUGAAGGAGGGGAGCGUUUCCCUGCCAUAGUCCUGGACUCUGAGUCUGACUGACUACAGAGCACAUAAGUUUUCUUUUUCCACACAUAAGAGAAAUAAAACAUAUUCUAUUACCUCUCAGUAUAAUGCAAUCCAGGGCAACAGCAGUUGAAUCACUUCCCUCUGACACUGUCAAUAAAACUUGAACAUAACAUUCACAAAAAUAUAACUACAUGGGGUCAAUGAGGUAAUGAAUGCGAGACCAUUAUAUUGGAUUGUUUAGGCUGAGCAGUUGUAUCUAAUAAGUGGUACCUCAGCGUAUAUUCGUCCUUAAAUCAAGAAUCAAGGUGAUUAUUGUGAAGAUUAUGUUUAGCUAUAUUUUGCUGUGACUGUAUUGAUUCAGUGUCUGAUGCCAUGUAGUAAAAUCUAUGAGUGAAAGAAAAAAGACAAGAUUGUGGUUGUUUUAUCGUUUGUCUUUAUUAUUGACUGUGAAGUGCUGUAGUCGCAAUUUAAUCUAAAAAUAGAUUUAUGCUGUAUAAUUUUACUACAUAACAAUACACACCUCGAAUAAUGCGUAAUGGAAAAACUUAACCCGAAGUCAGUAAUGGAGCACUUUCAACACUGACUGUACCAGCAGGUGGCACUCAACUCACGGAAGAACUGACCAUAGAACACACCAGCAGGGGACAAAUGUGAAUUGCCUGUUUUAACUAUUACU